AUUCCCGUCACCGAGUAGACAGGUGGCCACGCAAGUCGCCUGAAGGAACAGGCAGCAAACCAUUACCGCGGCGACGACUCUAGCUACAACAACAACUGUUUAGGUGGCGCCUUCCCGAUACCUACGUUGCAACUUUGUCCUCUCUCCGCUGCCAAGUGAGACAGCGAUGUUGUUACACGCCGUUAGAAUAGAAGGAGCCUGACUUGGAGGUAGGGACAUUACCGAUAGCCCUCACAGCGAUGUGCAAAAUAUUUUAUUAUCAACCUGUGCAGGGAUGUUAUGACACACCUCGGGAACCGGUGGGAGUUGAACCCAGGUCUCCCAGCUCAGAGGUGUGUGCACUGUCAAACAAAAAAACCCGGAAUGAACUGAAGAUGCUGGAAAUCAGAAACAUAAACAGAAAUACCUGGGAAAACUCAGCAGCAUCUGUGACAGGACGCGGAGUUGAGGUUCGGGGUCGAGUGACGGGUUCUCCGGAAAGGGCCGGUGGGAGGAUUUACUUCGGAGAAUUGAAAAGUUUUGCCUUCAAGAUUGGGCGGAUCAAACUUUGGACAUAUUGAUCGGAUCCGACCCUUUUCAUUUCUUCGGGAUACGCAGCAAGGAGUUUGCUUCCAUCGGCCGAUCUCAAAUAUCUGUUCCGACCAAAAUACAAUGUCCGGUCAAAGAACCGAAGUUGCAGGUGAUCAAAAUGAAAAUUCAAGAAACGAAUCACAGAAGUGGACAAGAUCCCAAAUUUUCACACUAGUCUCUGCAGCAUCAUUGAACUUUAGUUCUAUGAUUUGUUAUUCAAUUUUGGCACCUUUCUUUCCAAAAGAGGACUUGGGUGUCACUGGUUCGGCCAGCAUUUAUUGGUCAUCCCUAACUGCUCUUCAGAAGGCGAUGGCAGGAAGGAAAGGAGCCAAUGACACUGUUGUUGGAAUGAUUUUUGGAUGUUUUGCUUUAUUUAAUCUUGUAUUUUCACUUGUAUUAGGAAAAUAUAUUAUACAAAUCGGAGCAAAAUUUAUGUUUCUGUCUGGAAUGUUCAUUUCUGGCUGGUCUACCAUCCUUUUUGGCCUAUUGGAUAAAGCUCCAAAUGGACCUAUAUUUAUCACUUUGUGUUUCAUCAUAAGAUCAAUGGAUGCAGUAGGAUUUGCUGGAAGCAUUACUGCCUCAUUUUCAAUUCUUGCCUCAACAUUUCCAAACAAUGUAGCCACAAUCAUGGGACUUCUGGAAAUAUUCAGUGGGCUUGGCCUCGUAAUGGGUCCACCUGUUGGAGGUUUUCUGUACCAGACAUUUGGGUAUGAAGUUCCUUUCAUUGCACUGGGAUGUAUCGUUCUUUUGAUGGUACCUUUGAACAUGUGUAUUCUACCAAAUUAUGGUGGAAUUGCCAGCAAAGAGUCAUUCUGGAAACUACUUGCAAUCCCCAAAAUAACAUUUGUGUGCCUGAUUAUAAUUUCUAUAAGUUCUUGUAUUGGCUUUCUGGAUCCCACCAUAUCACUGUUUGUAACUGAGAAGUUCAACCUGCACUCUGGAUAUAUAGGACUAGUGUUUCUAGGAUUCGCUUUGUCAUAUGCUCUAUCCUCCCCAUUACUUGGAUAUUUAAGUGAUAAUGUACCAAGAAUUAGGAAGUGGCUAAUGCUUAUUGGAAGUUGGCUGAUUGCUGUUAGCUUUUUUUUAUUGGGACCAGCACCUAUUUUUCAUAUCAAGUGCCGGCUCUGGAUGUUUGUUUUGAUGCUGGUAAUCAGUGGGAUUUCGCUCAGCUUAAGUGGAAUUCCUGUUUUCCCAGAAAUUAUCUCCUGUGUUUAUGAGAAUGGAUUUGAAGAGGGACUUGGUACUUUAGGUCUAGUGUCUGGAAUGUUUGGAGCUUGUUGGUGUUUGGGGUCAUUUGUAGGACCAACACUGGGUGGAUAUCUAUAUGAAAAAUUGGGUUUUGAGUGGGCUGCAUUCAUACAAGGAAGCUUUCCACUCUUUUUUGGUUCCUUGCUGGGUUUGUUCUUUAUAGUGGAAAUAUUUCAAAAAAGGAGGUCACUCUCUGGGAUUCACACUGAUGAAGAGCAAGCACCACUGAUAUCAAAUUAAAUAUGGACAUUUAACGGGUUUGAAUGGACUACAAUUCUCUUGCAGACAAUCUUUAGACAUCCUCGUGCUUAAAACUGCCUUUACUAAAUAACUUUGCGUGGGUUUAAAUUUUUUAAUACUAAUUCUGAAAUUUGCCUUUAAUAGAGUAAAAUGAAUUUCAUAUUAGUCAUCAAUAUAGUAUAUCAGAGUGAUAUGGUGGCUCUGUGGUUAGCACUGCUGCCUCACAGCACCAGGAACCUAAGUUCAAUGCUACCCUGGUACAGCUGUCUGUGUGGAGUUUGCACAUUCUCCCAGUGUCUGUUUUCUUCCAUAGUCCAAAGAUGUGCAGGCUAGCUGGAUUGGUCAGGCUAAAUUGCCUAUAGUGUCUGGGAAUGUUUAGGCUAGGUAUGUUAGCCAUGGGGAAUGUAGGCUUACAAGGAUGGGGUUGAUUUGGGUGUGAUAUUCUUUGCGGGGAUGGUGUGGUCUUGAUGAGCCGAAUUCCACACUGUAGGGAUUCUGAUCGUGAUGUCAAGCAGUAAUUUAUUGUGGAAUCAUGAUUUUUACGGAAAUUACUUUGUAUUCAUUAUCCUUUAUGUCCAUCAGUCUAAUUUGAUGCUCCUGAUCACAAUCUUCUUCUCACUAAUAAAGUAAUAAAACCACCA